CUUCCUGCAGUCAGUCAGUCAGAGGUGAUCUGAUCUGCUCCGCUCAGCUCCACCGACCCGCUCCGCUCUGGGAACAAGCGGCCGACGGAUUAUCCAGCUCGGUAACAUUAGCUCGUCGGCUAACGGUGAACACAUCAACCCGGGAGAGCCAUGAAAAGCCGCAGUGAAAGUUAGUCACGGCUCACUCGGGGACUUUAAUGCACGCAGAUACACAGAAAAGGAGGUUCGCGGGUCAUGCCGUCGCCCCCCGUGGAAACUUUUCUCUAGGAUUUCCACUUGGGAAAGGCUAGCUCUCAGAGGCUAGCGAGGCUGCAAACUAUUUUUAAUUGGCUCUGGGCUCAAUGGCUCUCGCUUGUUUCUCCCUGUCAUAGCGACAGCUCGGGAAAUUGGAAGAGGCCCUGAGAAACUUCAUGACAAACCAAAGGUUUUGAAGCCCGACUUCGGAAGACUGGCAAAGGAGCGACAAUGAAGAAGCAGUUCAAUCGGAUGAAGCAGCUCGCCAAUCAAACAGUUGGCAGAGCGGAGAAAACAGAAGUCCUCAGCGAUGACCUCCUGCAGAUCGAGCGGCGCAUGGAGUUGGUGCGCGUCGUGUCCCACAACACACACAAAAGGAUGGUGUCGUGUCUGCAGGGGCACAUCGGCGCGGACGCAGAGAAGAGACAUUCUGUACCACGACUCUAUACAGGAAAUGGUCAGAAAAAGCUUCCGCUCACAGCUCUGUCCCAGGCGAUGGUUGAGGGUGGAAACCAGUUGGGAGAGGACUCCUUGAUUGGGAAAAUGAUGGAAGUGUGCGGGGAGGCAGAGAAUCGCCUGGCAUCAGAACUGAUGCAGCAUGAGUUGCAGAUAGAGAAGGAGGUUCUGGAUCCUCUCAGUCAACUAGCAGAGGUGGACAUCCCCAACAUCCUGAAGCAGAGGAAACAACUGGCCAAACUGGUGCUGGACUAUGAUUCUGCCAGAGCAAGAUGGUUGCAGGCAACCAAGUCAAUAAUCUCAGGAACAAAUACCCAAGCACUGACGGCCAAGGCUGACCUACUCAAGGAGGAGAUGGACGAGGCUAUGAAUAAAGUGGAGCUCUGCAAGGAUCAACUCGCUGCAGACAUGUACAGUUUUUUCUCUAAAGAAGGCGACUAUGCCCACUACUUCAUCAUGCUCUUAGAAGCUCAGGCUGAUUACCACAGAAAGUCUCUCACUGUCCUGGAGACUGUCCUCCCAACCAUCCAGGCUCAGCAAGACUCGUGGAUGGAAAAGCCUGCGUUCGGCACUGGCCUGGAUGAGCACCUGAAAAGGAGCGGACGGGAGAUCGCCCUGCCGAUAGAGGCCUGCGUCAUGAUGCUCCUGGAGACUGGCAUGAAGGAAGAGGGCCUGUUCAGAAUUGCAGCGGGGGCGUCGAAGCUAAAGAAGCUAAAGGCAGCGCUGGACUGUUCCACUUCACAACUGGAGGAGUUCUACUCUGACCCCCACGCUGUCGCUGGGGCCCUGAAGUCCUACCUGAGGGAGCUCCCCGAACCUCUAAUGAGCUACCAGCUUUAUGAUGAAUGGAUCCAGGCCUCCAGUGUGUCGGACCCAGACAAAAGGCUGCAGGCACUCUGGGUUGUAUGCGAUCAACUACCAAAGAACAACAAAACCAACCUAAGGUAUCUGGUGAAGUUUUUAGCCAAACUGGCUCAAGACAGCGAAGUGAACAAAAUGACUCCGAGUAACAUCGCUAUCGUCCUGGGACCCAAUCUGCUCUGGGCCAAGACUGAAGGGAGCCUGGCUGAGAUGGCUGCAGCUACCUCUGUGCACGUGGUGGCCAUCGUGGAGCCCAUCAUCCAGCACGCCGACUGGUUCUUUCCUGAGGAUGUGGAGUUCAAUGUGUCGGGCAUGUUUGUGAUGCCCGCACCUGCCUCCAACCACAACAACCACCUAGACUACGACUGCAGCACCAUAGAGAGGAAGAGGCCUGGCAGCAUGGUGGGACCGGAGAACGACGCGACGCGCAAAGACAACACCCCUAACAAGCACUCGGACCACACCCUUCGUAGAGGCAGUAACACCUUAGGUAGAAAGCAGCACACCUCACCCGCCUUCCAGCCUCCUUUGCCCCCUGUGGAGGCUCAGGGGCAGGGACACGGGGCCGGGCCGGUCCCCCAGGCCUCGGCCGAGCACCAGCCCCAGCCCCAGCCCCAGCCCCAGCCCCAGCCGCAAGCUCAAGCAGGGGGUUCAGGGUCUGACUCCUCCACCCAGCAUAGCUUGGCACAGGGUCUGGCUGCUCUCGCUGCGGCACAGCAGCUUCUAGCCCAGCACACGGAGGAGCUCAGCAACCAGAAGCUACGGGAUUCUACACCCGCACCAACCCCUGUGCUCCAGAGGAAUGGUUCUGCAGGAGGAGGAGGCGGCGGUGGCCAGGCUGCAGGGCAGCUGGCUACUGGGUCCUCAGGGGCUGGAUCCAUGGGGCCGAGUCCACACAUGAUGCGAAGAGGUACCAAGAAGCAGGCCCCUGCUCCUCCCAAACCGACGAACCCUCCCCCCAGCCAGCCCUCCAACUCAGUGAACCACGCCUCCUCCUCCGGCUCGUCCCAGUCCCUCAGCCCCACGUCCAGGCCCCUGUCCAGCCACUCGCCCACCUCGCCCACCUCCCCCUCCCCGCAGCCGUGCGCCACGCCCAGACGCCACUCCAGCAACCAGCCCCCGAUCCAGGCGCCCAGCCACCCGCCGCCGGAGCCCCCGACUCAGGCCAGCCCUCCGCCGCCGCAGUCCGCAGCCCCGCUCGCCCAUCCCGGCGGGGAGCAGCAGCAGCAGCAGCAGCAGCAGCAGCAGCAGCAGAGCGCCGACCCCUCGCCUCCGGGCACGCCCACCCCUCCAGACACGCCUCCUCCCUCCACCACCGGCCAGGACGUGGCGGCUCCUCAGUCCCCGCCCCACUACCAGUCGGGCUCCCUCCCCCGGCCCCGGCCCGUCCCCAAGCCCCGGAACAGACCCAACAUCCCUCCGCCGCCGCAGCCCACCACGCUGGCCACCGAGACCAACGGGAUCUGCUCCACUACUUAUAAGAUGAUAGACCCGGCGAUGUCUUUCAGGGGGCUGGGUCGAGCUUUGGUCCCAGAGCUCGCUGUAGACCAGCAGCCCUCGUCCUCGUCCUCCUCCUCCUCCUCCUUCUCCUACCUGCCUCCUCCCAGAGACUGUGACCUGGACACUGAGAGCACCGUCCUAUAAGGAGGAGACGGUGACCCGCUCCGGUCCGGACGCACCUCCUCUCAUCAUACGCGCGCCUCUUUCAUCCUCCUCUUGUUUCACCUCAGCCCAUGUCUGCAGCCCUCUUCUUCUCCUUGUACGAAGGACAGUAACGUGACGUGGUGCGCCCUCUCUGGCAGCCAUCUUGGAGGUCGAUCAAACUGUCAAACUGAUUUUAGCAUCUAAAUUACUUAAAAUUCGACCUGAAAUUCAAUUCAUUGGUCAACGAGGAAUUAAAGCAACACAUUUCAGAGUUAAUCAGUUACUUUUUUAGGAAAAUUCCAGCUUCUCAAAUGCUGGUUUUGGAUUCUCGGUCAAACAUAAGAGGCAUCUUCAGUAUGUGUCGGACAUUUUUCACUAUUUUAGACCACAAACUAUAAAAAUAAUCAUGAGAUUCAGUUCUGAUUUGCCGAGUCGUCACGUACGACAGAUCUGUCCUCUCCGCAAGUGAUAUCCCGACCUCCGCCGCGCUGCCAGAGACACGAAGCCUCGGCGCUGCAACGCCACCUCCACCUACCCACCCACCCACCUCCACCUCUGUCUUUAAACUGCGGCCCCCGCAGACGACGAAGCUCCAGACAAUCAACAGCAAAAAGAGCGGGAGAGGAGGGGCCGAGGAGCGGCUGUGUUGUCGCGGCGACGUGAACAGAACAGAACAGAAGGGUCAGCGCAAGGGGUUUGCCAAAUACACGGACUGGUGAGACUCUUUGAAAUUUGGUGUGAGGUGUUUUGUAUUAUUAUUAUUUUCUUUUCUUUUUUUUUUAUGUUGAAAAAAUGGCCUUAGAACAAGAAAUAAAGCUAUUUCUGCAGCACAGGUGGGGAAGGGAAAAAAAAAAAAGGUCAGCAGGUGAGUAGAAACCAAAAGAGUUGCUCAAAGUGUAGCUGGUGACUGCAGGUUUCCAGUCGUCUCGACACUUACUUUCUUUUUUUUUCUUUUUGGUAUGGUAACCACCCUCCUCUCCCCCUCCACCCGUCACUCUUGUAUUUAUUUACCAGUUUAAUAAAAACACAUUCCCAGUGGCUUGACAUAAUUAAUGCAGUCUUUAAAUGUAAUUCAUGCCUUAUUUACUGUACGGAGGAUGUACUCUGCUCCUAGUGUUACGGUGUUUUUCGGAGACGCUUCAGGGACGCGAGGAAGGCGGUUCGACCCUGAUAGAAGGAGUGGCGCGUGGUCCUGUGUCGUUCCGCCGCCGUUGUGUAUUUAAACGUGUUUCGGUUGACGUCUUUGGGUUUUAUAGGCGGGAGUAGCAGGGUUAGCCAGCCCUUCACCGACACUCGCCCCCGAGCCUGAACGCACAGUCAGUAUUUUUGUUUCUCUGUGUUCCCUGGGCUUGUGAAUGUAGCGCGGCCUCGUCGUCCCCAGCAGAAGGAAGCAGGAACCUGCACUUGAGGGGGCGUCUUAGUGAGCUGGUUUUCCAGGUUUUUUUUAACGAUCUUUCCCGCUGAGCUGAGAGCACGCGUGAGCUGUGACGUCUCAGUAGUGAUGUGGAGUUAGAUACUUUCCAGGUCCAAAAAAAGAAAAAAAAAAAUUUUCUCUUUAAGCUUUUGGUUUUUUUUUUGGCCUCAGAUGUAACAGUUUUUUUUUAUUUCUUGAGAACUGACCCUACACGGUACCGGUGGAGAGAGUCUCAUUAAGGAUGCUGCGGGUUGCCCUGAAAACGAGUCCAGUUGUGUUUUUCAGAGACGAUUGAAGCAGACGUAUUCCCCUCCUUCCUUUCUCUCUUUGCUCCUGUACCUCGCUGCCUUAUCCCUGCGCAACAAGAGAACGCGGUGUCUCUCUCAGACAAACAAAUGCCAUUAAACUAGAUAUGACAAUGCUGCAUUUUUUUUGUUUUGUUUUUUUUUUUUUUUUGGAGCUCCACAGUUUUGUAUGUAUGCUGUCCGGUGUGCUUAAAUAUGGAACAUGUAAUAUGAAUGCUUGGUUAUACCCCAUUUCCAAAGAAAAUAAAGUAUAUGAAGAAACAAUUUAA